AUGGCUGUCAGGACACUGAAUAGUGAGGCGGCUGCUUCUGACAGAGCAGAAGGGAAAAUGGAGCCAGUGCUGACUGCAGCCAUUGUGCGGGCGACACAGCAGAUUGAGGAGGAGUUGGACGAGUUCAACAUCCACGUGGCCAGGCACCGGCCCGAGGAGCUCGCCAAGCUGGCCAAGACCACCAAAUUCACACGCAAGGAGAUCCAGCUCAUCUACCGCGGCUUCAAGCAGGAGUGUCCCACUGGCAUGGUCGAUGAGGAGUCCUUCAAGAAUAUUUUCUCUCAGUUCUUCCCGCAAGGAGAUGCGAGUCAGUAUGCGCAUUAUGUGUUCAACACCAUCAAACAUAAUCAGACGGGGAAAAUUAGUUUUGAGGACUUCCUUGGCAUCCUGUCGAAGGUGUCGAGAGGCAGCGUGCAGGAGAAGCUGCAGUGGAUCUUCGGCCUGUACGACCUCAACGGCGACGGGCUCAUCACCAAGAACGAGAUGCUGGACGUGGUCUCCUCCAUCUACGAGAUGCUGGGUCGCGCCACCGACCCGGUCGUCGAGGAGAACUCCGCCAAGGAGCACGUCGAGAAGAUAUUCCACCAAAUUGAUACCAACAAGGAUGGUGUGGUGACUAUCGAUGAACUGGUGGAAUGGUGCUCACGAGAUGAGCGCAUUCUGCAGUCGCUGGAGACUCUCGACACUGUCUUGUGAUCCUUGCUGCUUCAAGAGACUCUGAUGUCCUCUUUGUCCAUGAUGGUUUCUACUCCACUUCUGUCAACACCAGUCUUGGAACGCAGCAGUCUGGUAACAUGAUGGAGUCCGGCAUCUACAGUGCCUGCCACCUGUUGGCAAGUACUGUAAAUAAAACAUUCAGUGCUGCAAACAGUUGGCGAUCAACAGACGUAGAGGGAAUGGUGCAGUUAUGUGGGCAAUAUUAUCAUGAGAUAGCAUAACACAAUCCCUCCUUCACAGCAACACCACCAAAUAAACUUUUCAAUGCUGUUUCAGCCAAUGUACAAUGGAACCCUGCUCGUGAGUGAAAAGAAGUAUGCUCACUAGGUUUCCACCUGCUAGAUUGACACCACUGAGAACUUCCACUUCCUAUUUGUUGAAGCAGAUUAACAUUGUUAUAAUUUUUUCCAUCACUUUUGCUACAUUUUGUGAAAAAUACAAGAUGCUUACGUGUGUGUGUGUGUGUGUGUCUGACCUGUACAUUUUUAGCCUUUUGCAGUGCCAUUAAACUAGAGUGAAGCUCAAAACUUCAAAAAUAACAAAUCUUCUGUACUGGAAACUUUUUCACAGUUUGCAGUAGUGUGCAGUUUUUAUGAGUUCAGCAGAGCUUCUGGCCAUUUGCCAUAAAUCUGCGCAUGUAAAUAUCAAAUAAGCUGAACAUAAGCCUGAAACUACCCAAAUUGUGCAUUUUAGUAGCAAUUAUAGAGUAAAAUAAAAUUAUUUCUUGCUGAAUGACUGCUUUUCAGGUGUAAAAACUUGAUUCUUUUAAACUGAUGCAGUAGAAUUUUUUACACAAUUUCUGUGUUCACAGGAACAUUGAACACAAAUGUACAACCAUUGUAAAGUUGAUGCACCACAGAUUCACUGUGUACACAGAACUCAAUGAAAAUGGAGUACAGUAAUGGAAAAUGCUACCUGUCAGUACUGCCCGCUUACCAUAAUUAGUCAAAUAGGUCUUACAAUGAAGGUAGAAUGAAAAAAAUUUCAAAAGUUCCCUUUACCUAAAGUAAGGAAAGAAAACUAAAGGGGGGUGCUUCCAUUUGAGACAAAGUGUAAAAUAAUUUUUUCACUUUGUACAUUAAUAUUGUUUCUUGCUGACUUUGAAAUGCAGUCAUUUAGACACUUAACUGAACUGUAAAUAAAAUUUAAAAGCUAUUUAUGAACAGUAUUGAUGUUUGCUUCUAGCAAUAACCACUCUUCUUGGAGCAACUAAAAUAUGAAUAUUCAGUAUUAUGUGAGAAUCGAAGUGCCCAUCUAAUAGUGAAUCAGAAAGAAAUGAACCUGAAUUAUAAUGCUGUCACCUCUGGCAGCUCAUACAGAGAUCAUUGUUAUGAAUUAAAACCCUGAAAUUAUAAGACAUGUUAAUUAAGCACUUACUGUGAAGGAAAACAAAAUUCUCUGAAAUCGCAACAAAGCUAUUUGUGCAGACUGUGUACAUAUACAUGUCAUUUAAAGUUUCUGUACUACUUCUUGUAAAGAUUUGUUUCUAAUAUUUGAAAAAUUGUUCUUACUUCCAUAGCUUUUUAACUUUGUGUGUAAAUGGCCUCUCUUGAGAAUAGCAUCUGCAGUACUACUUCAUGCUUCUCAUUUCGGUAUACUGAAUGAGUGAGUGCUAUAGUAGUGUCAUCACCUCUUUUGUUACAUAA